ACUAUUUUUAAAAGGCAGAGAAAAGGAGUCGAAUUAAAAAAGCUCAUCAUCGAGGAGACGAAAGUGUUCUCUCGGAUCUCUCUCUAAAACCCCAACUCUGAUCAAUCGAAAUCGGCAGCGCGAGAUCAUGGCCAACAGCAAUCUGCCCCGAAGAAUCAUCAAGGAAACGCAACGUCUGCUCAGUGAACCGGCUCCGGGUAUAAGUGCAUCUCCAUCUGAGGAGAACAUGAGAUACUUCAACGUUAUGGUUCUUGGUCCUUCUCAAUCACCUUAUGAAGGAGGUGUUUUCAAGUUGGAGCUCUUUUUGCCUGAAGAGUACCCUAUGUCAGCUCCCAAGGUUAGGUUUCUCACCAAGAUAUACCAUCCUAACAUUGACAAGGUGUCUUGCUCUAACCACCUUCCUCUGUUUUGCCUUUACCGUUCACAAAACAAAACACAUUUUCAUAAACUUGUUUAUUUGAAUGUACAGCUUGGAAGAAUCUGUCUUGAUAUCCUGAAAGACAAAUGGAGCCCUGCUCUACAAAUACGAACAGUGCUCUUAAGUAUUCAAGCUCUUCUGAGUGCACCAAACCCUGAUGAUCCAUUGUCUGAGAACAUCGCUAAGCAUUGGAAGAGUAAUGAGGCUGAAGCUGUGGAGACAGCUAAAGAAUGGACCCGUCUGUACGCAAGCGGCGCAUAAUGGAUUGGAGGGCGAAACGAUCUCAUUCAUCCAAAUAACAUUACAUUUCGUGAUAAUCUAUCUCAACUUCCAAAGUUAUAAAAGCUUAUAUUUUGCUGUGUUUCGGCACAGGAAGCUGUAAUCUCUCUGAAUCAUUGUAUCAUUUACUAAUAGAUGAUCUUUUCUAUUAGUCAAAUUUGCUUGAA